AUAUACGUGAUCUUUCCAAAUCUGCCAUUCUGUGAUAACUGAGCAACCAUCACCCGUUCAUUAGUAUUAAAAAUUUAUAAAGUUUAUCAUUUGUGCUGCCCACGUUCGCUUAUUUCGGCGAUGUAAAUAAUUUUUCGGGUCCUGUAUUAACUAACAGUUGUUAAAUGGAGCUGUGGACUGUUACCCAAGACGUGUCGUCAUCUGCCAUCGCCCACAUCAAAGAAAAUCAACAAGGAACAAAAAAUGGAUUCAACUUUAUACCAAACGCUACAAUCGAGAAGAUUCCCGAUAAGAUUCUUCUCAAGAUUUUCACCUAUCUUCCCCAUAAAGAAGUGGGGAGGUUAGCUCGGGUGUGUAAAAAAUGGCGCAUGAUAUCCUGCGAUUCUAGGCUCUGGAUGCGCGUGUCUCUGCGUCCAGAGGUCUCUGGUCUUCAUGUGUACACGAUAGAAUCAUUAUUGGCUCUAAUAUCAAUUCGAUUUGGUCCUUCACUGCGGUACAUUGAGCUGCCAAUUGAACUUAUUACCCACACUGUUCUCCACGAACUCGCCAACAAGUGUCCUAACCUGACAUCCAUGUUGUUAGACUUCUCAACAGCCAUGCAGCUACACGACUUUAACGAUCUCCAAACGUUCCCAACCAAGCUACGAACAAUGUGUAUCUGCCUAUCAGAGGUGAUCUUUAUGGAGGGUUUUAUGCGAAAGAUCUACAACUUCAUCAAUGGUUUAGAAGUGUUACACCUUAUAGGUACAUACGAUAAGGUAGCAGAAGAGGAAGAAGAGAUCUACGAAGUAAUCAACAUUCACAAGUUAAAGAGUGCCGUCCCCAAUCUUCGAGUGGUUAACCUAUAUGGUAUUGUGUUUGCUGAUGACAGCCACGUUGAGGCCUUCAGUAGUAACUGCAUCCAACUGGAGUGCUUAGCACUUAACUUCUGCACAAAAUUCACUGGAUCAACAUUGAAGUUACUGCUCUCACGUUGUAAAAAACUCAAGUGUCUCCUCAUGCAACAAACAAGUCUUCAGAAUGACCACGUAAUGGCAGUGGAAUGGGAAAAAACGUGUUUGCAGGAGUUGGAUAUUACUGCCACUCAGUUGUCAGCGGAGUGUCUCAUCGACUUGUUAACACGAAUUCCAGCGUUACGGUAUUUAAGUGCUGGUCAACUGGACGCUUUUACAGACCAAGUGAUGAAAGAAUUCAUGGAAAAGGGAAACAUUAAAAAUCUUAUAGCUUUGGAUUUGGAUAGAAAUGAAAACAUUUCAGAAGAAGCACUGUUUCGGUUUAUCACUCUUCAAGGUUCCAUGUUGAGAGGAUUGAUGUUGUCAGGACUACCUCAUCUGACAGAACAGUUUUGGAUUUCCGUGCUUCCGGUUCUCAAAAAUGUCAAGAUUCUUGUUAUGGGAAUGCCCGAAGGUUGUUGCCAAAAAAUUCAUCAGAAGAUUCAUAUUGAUUCUCUCAUGGAUGGCAUUGCCAACAACUGCAUCCCAUUGGAGAGGCUAGAAGUUCGAUGGGAUCCGGACACCCUAAGGUUUAGCGACCGUAGCAGCAAGGCCAUUGACUCCAUCCGAGUCAAAUGUCUUCGGUUGAGGUGUUUGGUACUCAGUGAUGGAAAAUAUUUCGAACUGGUGAAGUCUAAUUUUGAAAGAGCGGAUCGACAUACCGUUGUUCGCACUACAACUAACUGCCAGGUGACGUUAGUGUACCUCUUGUUAUUCUACAAGGAUUUGUUGUUUAAUUGAUCCCAUUUUUCACCUCUUAUAGUAAAGCAAAUAAUUUAACAACCAGAAAAAUAAAAUGACUCUGGUUAGAAACUAAAGUUAAAAAAAUCAGAAUUUCAAUUAUUGAAUGUUUGUUUAAUUAUCAAUUAUAUAGGUCGAAUCCAGAGUUGUAGAAAACUCUUUGUUGAAAUAAACAAAACCUGUAACCAUU